GUUGAGCUGAGCGAUCAGCCGAGGGGACGGUCCUUUCUAAUACGUAGCCAGCAGCGAGCCGCCCGUUGUCAGCCCGUGUUGUUCGCCGGGUGGAGUUUGGCUACAGUCGGCAAGACAAAGACAAGUGAUUGACCGGUGAAGCCUUACUGUACCGGGGCUAGGACGCGACGGGACUACAGGUCCGGGUCACACACACACACAGCUGCUGGCUCCUCUCCAGACAUCAACCACCUGCUGGGCCCUGUUGUUUCAUUGUUUACAUGUCUUCAUUGUUUUAACAGCAAAGGACAUCUGGAAAAUGUAAUUGCAGAGCAGCUGCUUUUUAAAAAAAAAAAAGACUUUACAUUUAUUUUCCUGGGAUUUCAUUCAACUGAGCUCCAGAGCACAAUUGAUGGUGACAAUAAUGCAAAUCAUUGAUAUGGCCCAAGAGGGCAACGUUAAGAUGGCCCCUUCUACUUGUGUUGAUUCUCUGUUCAAUGUGAGGAGCUCCAACCCCUAGUUAUCUUGAUGAAGGCCUUUUUCUGACAAAAGAUAAGGGCCACUUGGGGGGGCCAGGAGGUGAAGCGCUGUAGCUCCUCUGCCAUCUGCUUUGCCCUCUGAUUUCAACAAUUUUGAUAGAUUUCAUCGCCACCCCCCCUCCUCCCCCUAAAUUCAAGAUGGAGCUCUUCUUCAACCCUUUCGACAACUUGGUGUGUAUCCUGCUGGGCAUCUCCUUAACCGUCUGGUUCACUCUGCUGUUGGUCUUCAUUAUCGUGCCGGCCAUCUUUGGGGUGUCCUUUGGCAUCCGACGUCUGUACAUGAAAACCCUAUUAAAGCUCUUUGAGUGGGCCACACUAAGGAUAGAGAGAGGAGCAAAAGAAAAGAACCACCUCUUGUACAAACCCUACUCAAAUGCUAUCAUUGCCAAGGAGCCCACCUCUUUGGAGGAGGAGAUCAAGGGGAUCCGGCGGAGCGGCAGCAACAGGGAACUGAACUCUGCCCCCGAGUUUGAGAUGUCUGACAUCUUUUAUUUCGCUCGGCGAGGAGUGGGGAGCAUCAUGGACGAUGAGGUGACCAAGCGGUUCUCCGCUGAGGAGUUGGAGUCCUGGAAUCUGCUGACCCGCAGCAACAACAACUUCCACUACAUCAGCCUGAGGCUGACCGUCCUAUGGGGGCUGGGCCUGCUGAUCCGCUACGGCUUCCUGCUGCCUCUCAGGGUAACUCUUGCCUUCACUGGUGUUGGCCUCCUUGUGUUCCUCACCUGUGUCAUUGGGCUGCUGCCAAAUGGAAGGUUAAAAAACUUUCUCAGUCAGCAAGUCCAUUUGAUGUGCUACAGAAUCUGUGUCAGAGCUCUGACUGCCAUUAUAACCUACCAUGACAGUGAGAAUAAACCCAAGAAUGGAGGUAUCUGUGUCGCCAACCACACCUCACCUAUUGAUGUCAUCAUCCUGGCCAGCGAUGGCUGCUAUGCUAUGGUUGGCCAAAUCCACGGUGGCUUGAUGGGGGUCAUUCAGAGAUCCAUGGUCAAGGCCUGCCCACACAUUUGGUUUGAACGCUCAGAAGUCAAAGACAGACAUCUAGUGGCCAAAAGAUUGAGUGACCAUGUAGAAGAUAAAUCUAAACUGCCCAUUCUCAUUUUCCCUGAAGGUACUUGCAUUAACAACACAUCAGUUAUGAUGUUUAAGAAGGGCAGUUUUGAGAUUGGCGCCACAGUCUACCCUGUGGCUAUUAAGUACGACCCCCGAUUUGGAGACGCCUUCUGGAAUAGCAGCAAGUUUGGAAUGGUCAACUACCUGUUGCGUAUGAUGAGCAGCUGGGCCAUCGUCUGCAGUGUGUGGUACCUUCCUCCCAUGUCCAGAGAGGAGGAUGAGGAUGCUGUACAGUUUGCCAAUCGUGUGAAGGCCGCCAUAGCCAGGCAAGGAGGACUGGUGGACCUGCUGUGGGAUGGAGGAUUGAAGCGAGGAAAGGUAAAAGAUACCUUUAAAGAAGAGCAGCAGAAGCUGUACAGUAAAAUGCUGGUGGGCACCCAAGAGGACCGCAGUCGCUCCUGAAGGACCUGUGUGGGGUGGACUGGCUCAGAGACCCACUUGGGCUCCUCUGACUAAACAGGCAGUCAGCAGUGCUUCCUCUCUACAGGAGCUCCUGGACUGGAAAAUCUCCCUCUCUGGUGUCAACAGUACUCCAUUUGGCUUCCUCGGUCACUGCCUCAGCCAGGCUUGUUCAGUUUGCGUCGUUGUUACGGGUCAUUCUGAGUCUGCUUCCCUUUCUUGGAAAAGCUCGACUGAAGCCCUGCUUGCAUUAGAAUGAAAAUAUGGUGCGCACAGAAAAAGGAGCAUUGUCUUCCUUGUUGGCAGUCUUUUGAGGGAAAACUUGUGUUAUUAUCUAUAAUUGAGUUACUGUCUUUGUUUGGUAGUUUUCAUUUAACUGUAAUGUUUUUUAUCACACUGUGUUAAAGUUACAGAGCUGAUUAUACAAGGAAUAGAAGAGAGUUACUGUAGAUGAGAACUAGUUUGUUCUAAAGCUAACAACCUGUGACUGAGUUGGGGAUUUGCAUGACUGGGUUGCGCCCAUGAUUUGGGGCACAACGCCAGAUUUUGUUACAUUACAAAUAUUUUUAUGGGCUUUUUCCAAGAUAAAACAAACUUGUAUUUUAAGCUUUGUGUUUUACAUUAAGACCUAUAUCAAAAUAUGUGGUCACUGUAGGAGUAACAUUUCACAGGAGCUCUUCAUAUGUUGUAUGUUUCUGUGUUUCUUCCAUGGAAUGUGUAAAUCCUCACAUUAUGAAACGGAAAUAGUGCACCCACAGUUACUGGGAUGGAGGUUUGUGUAUUGAGGCAGAUAUUCCUCAGUGUUAAAGCUAAUAAUGCAGCGUAACUGGAGUGAAAGGGUUUAAGGUGCAUUCAGUGAGAAUGUAUUUGGGAUGCCUUUAGCAUUGCCCCUUUAAAGCCCAUUGCACACAGGAAGUGACGUGAUGGCCAUCACAAUUGGUCUCGUGACUAAAAUAUUGUUAUGACAAUUAGAUGAUACGUACUCAUACUAAUACACUUCCAAGCAGUCAUCAUGUUCUACAUUGGCUUCCUGGAUCGUAUGGUUACUAUCUUGCCUAAUUUAUUUUAAGUGAACUCUACAAGCUAUUGUCUUUAUCCCCCCUACAUCAUCAGUGGUCUUUCUCCCACCUGGUUGUCUCCUCACAGAGGUUUCACAGAGAGUGCUUCUGUCAUCUGGACUCCCCAUUAGGCUGGAGUUAUGGAGGUUUCUCCCUGAGGCCUUCGUCCCUCUAGUAUACGGUUAUCAGGAAGAUUAUUUUGGAUUGUGUCAAAUCUGUUCAUCAAAAUAAAUGUUCAAGAAUGUGACUCGA